AUGGAUGCUUCUGGUUUUUCUAUGGGAGCUGACUCGAUGAAGGAGUUUGUGGAGAUGAAUUCGAAUGUUAAUUUGGGUCCAAUUCAUGCGCCCCCAGUUAUUCCGAAGAAAAUGAUGAUGAUUAUUGGUGCUGGGUUUUUGAUUUGGAGUCCAUUUUUGGUGAAAAAGUUUGUUAUUGGAAACACCCUUUUGCAGAAUAAGUAUAUAUGGAUGGUUGCAUCGAUUCUAGUGUACUUCUUCAGUGUUUCAGGGACAAUGUAUACUAUAAUUAGGAAAGCACCUCUGUUUUUGAUUGAUAGAAAUGAUCCAGGGAAGUAUCAUAUCUUUUACCAAGGAUCAGGGAUGCAGUUAGGAGCUGAAGGUUUUGCUGUUGGAUUCUUGUACACGAUUGUUGGAUUGUUGUUGGCACUAAUGACUCAUAUUUUGGUUCAUCUGAAGAACAGGGGAACACAGAGUUUGCUCAUGGCUUUGGGGCUCUUCGUAUCGUUUUGGGCGGUAAAGAGGGUGAUUUACUUAAAUAAUUGGAAGACUGGCUAUGGUGUUCAUGCUUAUUGGCCUUCAGGUUGGAUGUGA